UUUAUUGUUGUGGGUAAUGGAAAGUGACGGUGAGAAGAGUGAUCAAGACUUAGUGGUCGACGUCGCCAAUGAGGAGGCGUCUUCUCCCCAUACUAAUGGCGACCAUGUAGCAUUAGGAAAUCCUAGCGAAAUAAGAGAAAAUGGUAGUACGAGCAGUGAUAAAAUAAAAAUAGAAAGGCCACCAAGUCGGAGUGGUUCAUCGUCCUCAAGAAGCACACCAUCCCUGAAAAGUAAAGAUGAAAAACCUCUUACGCCAGGUUCAAAACCUCGUUCAACGACCCCCAAUUUGGGCGCAGGUUCAGCAACAGUAUCCAAAGUGGGCCACACAGGUCAGUAUCCUCCAUACCCUUUGGGGGGUGCUCGAGCCUCGGAACAUUUGAGUCCUUACAAUAACGUAGCCCCAUCGCCUUACAGUCGACCACCAAUGAUGGGUUAUGAUGGUCAUCCACACACUAGGGCUCCUGGAAUCGCAACGAAUGGAAUGACCUCAAUUCCUGGUGGUAAACCAGCUUACUCUUUCCAUAUGAAUGGUGAGGGACAACUUCAGCCAGUACCUUUUCCAACUGACGCUCUUAUAGGGCCCGGAAUUCCAAGGCAUGCUCGUCAAAUCAACACCCUCAGUCAUGGGGAAGUAGUUUGUGCGGUUACCAUAUCUAAUCCCACAAAGUAUGUAUAUACAGGAGGUAAAGGUUGUGUUAAAGUAUGGGAUAUCAGUCAGCCUGGAUCGAAGAGCCCUGUUUCACAGUUGGAAUGUUUGCAACGUGAUAAUUACAUAAGAUCAGUUAAACUUCUACCUGACGGACGAACAUUGAUAGUAGGGGGUGAAGCCAGCAAUCUUUCAAUUUGGGAUUUGGCGAGUCCUACUCCUCGAAUUAAAGCCGAAUUGACUUCAAGUGCUCCAGCUUGCUAUGCCCUUGCCAUAAGCCCCGAUUCCAAGGUUUGUUUCAGUUGCUGUUCCGAUGGUAAUAUUGCAGUUUGGGAUCUUCAUAAUCAGACUUUAGUAAGGCAGUUCCAAGGGCACACUGAUGGAGCUUCUUGCAUAGAUAUUUCAUCAGAUGGUACAAAGUUAUGGACAGGUGGACUGGAUAACACGGUUCGAAGUUGGGACUUGAGGGAAGGCAAACAAUUGCAACAGCAUGAUUUCAGUUCUCAAAUAUUUUCUCUGGGGUACUGUCCAACUGGUGAAUGGUUGGCUGUAGGUAUGGAAAACUCGCAUGUUGAAGUAUUACAUGCCAAUAAACCUGAUAAAUACCAGUUACAUCUCCACGAAAGUUGUGUAUUAAGUCUGCGAUUUGCGACAUGUGGAAAAUGGUUUGUCUCAACAGGAAAGGAUAAUUUGUUGAACGCCUGGAGGACGCCAUAUGGAGCAAGUAUAUUCCAGUCUAAAGAGUCUUCAAGUGUUCUGAGUUGUGACAUCUCUACAGACGAUAAAUACAUAGUGACAGGAUCGGGCGAUAAGAAAGCAACUGUAUAUGAAGUUAUAUAUUGAACUUUCGAAUAGGAGUGCGUGAGUGACUUAAGGCCAGCAAAACUCAAAAUUAUGACCCGUGAUGCAAUCUGUUUGUACCUUUUUAAAACACGUGUAAUUCAAGAUACAGGAUUCUAUAAAUAUUUUCUAACACAUGACAGGUCUAUUUGUUUUAGUUCUAAUAACUAUUUGAAUUGUACAUAAAAGAAUGUAGAUGGUGUAAACUGAAGAUUGACGAAUUGUUCAUCAUUUAGUGUAUCUAAAAUUUUGAUUGAGUACAUUCUUGUGACACUCUGUAUAUUUUGAUUAUAGAAAUAAGGGGUAUUACAAUUUGUUUUGACUCAUAGAAAAUUCAGUAUUCAAUGAAUAUAUUUGUUAUUUGUUUAUGAACCAGAUAUAUUGUUGAAAUGGGUGUAAAAUUAGAUGUCUGCAAAGUGGCACCAAUGAUUCAAAUUCAAAUAUUCAUCAUUCAAGCAUUUAAUUUUUUCAAUGUUAUUACGAAACAAAAGAAUAUGUAGCAUAUUUUUCGUAAUUGAAUAAGAAUAUAUUACAAAUUGAUAAAAA